UUGCUAAACAUAACGGUUAUAAUUCGGAAGUCUUUGGCGAAGUGUAAAGUCAACAACAGAAAUAAUAAAUUACCGCUGAAAUACAAAUCAAGCCACUUUUAAGCUCAAUGAGCACGUGUAUAGUGAUUAAUAUUAAAAAAUAGCAGUAAAUAAGUUGAUUAAAUAGUCGCUUCACGCCCUAAAAUCCAAGAAGCAAUAGUCAGCACAAGAGAAAAGGAAAAUGUUUUUUAAAUUUGAAUUGUGAACUGAUACGGUAAUUUCAUUAUCACAGUGGCAAUCAGUACCAUAGCGAGAGUGUAAAAAAAAUUACGACUGAGUAGAUAAACUGGGAAGUGAAGAAACAUAGUCAAGAAUUAUAUCGAACGCGUACGGUAGUGCCGCGUAGAGUAGGGACCGAAACGUAUCGAAUCACCUUUGUGGACAAAGCGUCGCUUUAAGUGUACGAGCUAUAAUAAGAGACUAUAGAAAUAAUAACACCGACCAGCUUAAAUUGCCCCUUUGCGCAAGUUUAAUCAAAUUAAGUCACGUCAGGGUCCGUAUCGCAACACGUCACGACGUCCAACUGCGUUACUAAAGACAAAAUGUGCCCCAACUGAUAGCCUCGAGAAGACAACCAACAAUCAAGCUAUCUUGGCUCUUCGCCACUUAAGCUCUGAAAUAUUCUAUUUGGAUUAAGUUGACCUUCAACGGCAAUUGUAGCGGCACAGCGAAUAUCAUUAAGCGCACAAAGUUCGGCACACUAACUGUUUACUUCCCUGCAUUCGUUUCAAUCAAUUCCGGCACAGAGCUUCCAACGUCACACACGAUGGCUACAAACACGGAAAUACUACCCUUCCAUCAUCACACAACCAUUUCUCUACAAACUGCCGCUGCACUGACCAGCUAUCAUGGUGGUGGCAGUGGUGGCGGCGGCGGCAAUGGUAGUGGCGGUGGGGCUGCUGGUUCCGUACUGCCAAAUGCUACACAACUGGCCGCGGCCGCUUGGAACAUGGAGGACUGCCUCUACCAACAGACUGAACUUCCCGCCCUCACACAGCGCGCACACCAUCUGCUGCGCUUCACACCCUACGCGUUGCACCAUCGACCCCAACUGCAGACAUUACCACCCGCGUUGUACCUCCAGCAUGCCGCGGCUGCUGCCGCCGCUGCGGCCGCUCAUGCGCAGCAUCAUCACCAUCAUCAUCAUCUGCAGCAUAGGCCGGCGUCGCCAGAGAGUCCAGCGCCUAUCGAGGGUACACACAUCAGCAAUCUCUUCCCCGAAAUACUCGAAAUGAUCUUCCAGAAGUUGCCGGUACGGGAUUUGGGUCGGGCGGCUCAGGUUUGUGUUGCUUGGCGUGAUGCGGCAUAUGCUAAGAGCGUGUGGAAGGGUGUUGAAGCAAAGUUGCAUCUCAAGCGUUCCAGUCCUAGUCUCUUCAAUUCGCUGGUGCGUCGCGGCAUUAAAAAGGUGCAAAUACUUUCGCUGCGCCGUUCGUUAAAGGAUCUUGUACUCGGCGUGCCAUCACUAGUCUCGCUAAAUUUGAGCGGUUGCUUUAACGUGGCCGAUGUGAAUUUGGGUCAUGCUUUCUCCGUGGAUUUGCCGAAUUUAAAAGAGCUGGAUCUUUCGUUAUGCAAACAAAUCACCGAUACGAGUCUCGGACGCAUUGCACAACAUCUUAAGAACUUGGAGACACUUGAACUUGGCGGUUGCUGCAACAUUACUAACACCGGUUUGUUACUCAUCGCGUGGGGUCUUAAGAAACUGAAACAUUUAAAUUUACGUUCCUGUUGGCACAUCAGUGAUCAGGGUAUUGGUCACUUGGCUGGCUUGAGUAAGGAAACAGCCGAAGGUAAUAUGGAGUUGGAAUAUCUUGGUCUGCAGGACUGCCAACGACUCAGCGAUGAAGCGCUCGGUCAUAUAGCACAAGGUCUAACGUCACUAAAGUCAAUAAACCUGAGCUUCUGCGUCUCCGUCACGGACAGCGGCCUCAAGCAUUUGGCGCGAAUGCCCAAACUCGAGCAACUCAACUUACGUUCCUGCGACAACAUCUCCGACAUCGGCAUGGCGUACCUCACCGAAGGCGGCAGCGGCAUUACCUCACUCGAUGUCAGCUUCUGCGACAAGAUAAGCGAUCAAGCGCUCUCACACAUCGCACAAGGGCUCUAUCGUUUGCGCUCGCUUAGCCUAAAUCAGUGCCAAAUAACCGACCAGGGUAUGUUGAAGAUCUCGAAAUCACUGCAGGAACUGGAAAAUCUUAACAUCGGGCAAUGCAGUCGAAUAACGGACAAGGGGUUAGAGACGCUAGCGCAAGAUCUGGUCAAUCUAAAGACGAUCGAUUUGUACGGUUGCACGCAAUUAUCUUCAAAGGGUAUCGACGUGUUCAUGAAAUUGCCGAAGUUGAUAAAACUGAAUCUCGGCCUAUGGCUCGUAAGAUGAUGCGUUUCACACAGCAAAAAUCAACGAUGCGCCAAAUAUUCUUCGGCGCGACAAUGCAACAAGGUUUGUAUAACGAAUUCGAUAUGGCAGCGCAAAGUCGGAAUUCAAGUCCCGAUGAGCAACGUUGGUAGGGCAGCCAAAGGCUUAGGAAGGAAGAGGGCAGCAAGCAGACAAAUUGUAGAUAUUUUCUAACACAAACACACUUUGAUUUCGGAUGAUUAAGGUGAUCAAACAGCGAAAUCAGCUCAAUCUCUUGCGUCUAAAAUUUUGAUCUUGCCUCGCGCCUAAUUGCUUUCUAGAAUACACCACCGUGCCGCUGAAACCAUGAGUCCGGGAAUAAUGCAACAAAGCGGCAACCCAUAAUUAUGCAAAACACACAUAUGUAUAUGUCUGUCUGUCUGCCAUAAUAUAUGCGUGUGUGUGCACACGAAUGUGCGCUCGUGCGGCUAGAAAUGUGUAUCGCCAGCAUGCAAACUCGCCAGCGCGCCACUGAAUAAAUGCGCGCACGAGGCUCAGUGACGGUGAUGGGGACAACUGCAACGUGAAGGCGGAGAGGCGGCUUUGAGAAGGGUGCAGAUCGUUGGAAAAAAUUAAAAUACCGACAAAAAAAAACGAAUAAAAUUAGUAAAAAAAAAACAUGUUCGAAAUAAUACGAGUGCUACAAUAUAACAAAGCCAGCGCAGACCGACCAACAACAACAGCAACGCAUGCAUGACUUUCGUUUCUCAUAAACACGGCUUGUACUAAAUUUAAAACAGCAAUGAAGAACCCAAUAAAACGCGAAUAGGAGAAACACUGAACAAAGUGAAACGAAACACCAACGACCAAAACAAGGCUGCGCCAGCAAGAACGGCAGCAACAAUGGCGAUUAACUUGGAUUCGAAGUCAGGCACGCAACACAGCGCAGUUCACCAGACAGACAGCGCACAGCAAACCAUGCGGACAGACAAGAACACACACGCUGAAACUCAUAUGUGCUGCAAGCCUUCAUGUAUGUACAUAUGUAUAUCCGUAUGUAUGUACAUGAGUGUGCACAUGUGUGUAGAUAUGUAACUGCGCUGGAGUUAUGGCUACUGCAAAGGCUGCUCGCAUGGUUGCCUUGUUGGCUGACGAACGGUGGACCGGAAGGCUCGGCUGGCAUGCCAGUACCCCUGCCAACGCGACUUGACGUGGCACGGCUCGGCUGGCUGGUUGAAUGCAUGGACGUAUGGCUAACCACUUGCCUUGCUUUGCGAUGGCGGCUCACCGCUUUGGUCGCGUUUACUUUGCAUACAACAAACACACAUGCAAACGCUUUCUUAUGUGCGGCAUAAGAAUGUAUGUACUAUAUUGACGAUGCGUGCAGACAGCAAAUAUCGCGGCGGCAAUUCGGGUUGAAAUGGCCGUUGGCUAAGACCAGGAACAUGAUGCUAAUAGAACACUCGCGUAGAGGCAAAUGUAACGGUUAUCAACCGCUUUUCGAAUGACUUGAAUUUAAAUCACAACUUUUUGAAAUUAUUAAUAUACACUAAACCACCAACAACAACAACCAACAAUUCCAAUAGACGAAACAAAAGCUAAAGUACUAAAAUCAGCAACAAACACAGGAAAUACGUAGAUGCAAUGCAAGCAACGACAGCAGCGGUGUCGACGUUAACAACAGCAACAACAAAUCGAUGAUAUCGCGAUAAUAGGAAUGCAACUAACAACAAGGCAACAAUUAGCAACGCGAGACCGUGGCAGCGGCAGCGCAAAAACAAUAGCAGCUACAACAAAGGCAACACAACAACUGGCGGUGCCAAGAGUCAGUUCUAGCGGCGCAAGGUUCACUUUUUAGUUCACCUCUAGUGUAUCAAGUUAA